GGUUCGGGGCAGCCGGAGUCCGGGACAGCGUGAAGGCGCACGGUGCGCGCCGGGGGGCGCCAUUCCGGAAUAGCUCAGUUCGCGCCGCGCGCCCGGGUCCCGCCCCCAGCUCCGUCAGUGCCCGCCCUGCGCCCUCGCAGCUGCAGCCAGACACACCGCCCGCCGUGCACGCCGGGUCUCUUCUUUUUGCCCUUAGGAAGUCUUCUGCCCUCUGGCACCAACCGGUUGCUGCACCCAGCCGGAAAAAAAGGGAGAGGGCCGGGCCCAGUCGAUCCAAGUCGCCCGCGGCGGGGCAACUUCUCCGAGCUGUACCUCGCCGACCGCGCCAGCCUCGGGACAAUGGGGCUGCGGCGGCUGCUGCUGGUCGCCGCCGGCCUCAGUCUGUGCGGCCCCCUGCUGUCGGCCCGCACCAGGGCCCGCAAGCCAGAGUCACAAGCAACAAAUGCUACUGUGAAACUCCGAUCAUUUUUUCUCAGGAAUUCCAAUGACAGAUUUGAACUCUUCCCGUUGGGAGAGGAUGAAGAGAAAAAUGAAAGUGCACUCACUGAAGACAGAACCAUUUCCCUCAAUAAAAGCCGUCCUCUUCAAAAACCAGCCCCUGCGUUCAUCUCAGAAGAUGCCUCUGGGUACCUGACCAGCCCCUGGUUGACUCUCUUUAUCCCCUCCGUUUACACCUGCGUGUUCGUCAUCAGCCUUCCCCUAAACAUUAUGGCCAUCGCCGUGUUCAUCCUGAAGAUGAAGGUCAAGAAGCCGGCUGUGGUGUACAUGUUGCACCUAGCCACAGCCGACGUGCUCUUUGUGUCCGUGCUGCCCUUUAAGAUCAGCUAUUACUUCUCCAGCAGCGACUGGAAAUUCGGGUCUGAAAUGUGUCGCUUUGCCACUGCAGCGUUUUACUGUAACAUGUACGCCUCCAUCAUGCUCAUGACAGUCAUAAGCAUUGACCGGUUCCUGGCUGUGGUGUAUCCCAUCCAGUCCCUCUCCUGGCGCACGCUGGGAAGGGCUUCCUUCACUUGUCUGGCCAUUUGGGCUUUGGCCAUCAUAGGGGUGGUGCCUCUUCUCCUCAAGGAGCAGACCACCCAGGUCCCAGGACUCAACAUCACCACCUGUCAUGAUGUGCUCAAUGAAACGGUGCUCGAAGGCUUUUACACCUAUUACUUCUCAGCCUUCUCAGCUGUCUUCUUUUUUGUGCCAUUGAUCAUUUCUACAGUCUGCUAUGUGUCUAUCAUUCGCUGUCUUAGCUCUUCCGCAGUUACCAACCGGAGCAAGAAGUCUCGGGCUUUGUUCUUGUCUGCUACUGUUUUCUGCAUCUUUAUCAUCUGCUUUGGACCCACAAAUGUCCUCCUGAUUAUGCAUUACUUAUUCCUCUCUCAUAACCCUGCCACAGAGGCUGCCUACUUUGCUUACCUCCUCUGUGUCUGUGUCAGCAGCAUAAGCUGCUGCAUUGAUCCCUUGAUCUACUACUAUGCUUCCUCUGAGUGCCAGAGGCACCUCUACAGUAUCUUAUGCUGUAAGGAAAGUUCUGAUCCCAACAGUUACAACAGCAGUGGUCAGUUGAUGGCAAGUAAAAUGGAUACGUGCUCUAGUCACCUGAAUAAUAGCAUAUACAAAAAGCUGUUAACUUAGGAAAAGGGACAGCUGGAAAUAUGAGUGUGAAAUGUGUUCCUUUGCCACUACAGCAUAUUACUUCAUCAGGCUCAUGACCAUUAUAAACAUUGACUUAAAAAGAAAAGGUUAAAAAGUGAAUAACCUGGGGAUUCUGUCAGUCCCUUGAAAAACUGCUUCACCAUCAAAAACAACCAAGGUAUCAUUUGCAUGUCUGCUUCCUAAGAGAGCCACCAAGCAUAUAUAUUGCUUAAUUAUCAGUAAAGGUAACAGGAAUAGAAAACAGUGUUAUUCCAAGGGAGUAUUGCCAGUGCUACAAUAACUGAAUGCCACUUUUUGAUAUUUCUAUGUGACUUAUGUACGUAUGUAUAUAUGCACAAAUACAUAUUAUUUGCAGUGCAGUAUGAAAUAGGCACUUGGAAGCCCACAUUUUAUUCCCCGCAAUUAUGGAAAUAAUCUCUGAUUCUCUGAAUUAGUAUGCAAAAAGUCUAGGUUGGUAUAGUUUAGCCCUGGACAUCUAAAGAUGUUCAUCAGUAGUGAGGAUGUUCAUCAGUAGUGAGGACUGACUGACACAGCUUUUUGCAAAUAAGUGCAUUUUGAAAUUGUUCAGCAGCAAUGUGUAAGUCAUGGAAGGAUAAGGUUUGAUGUUAUCUCUGUAGAAAAUUUCUAGUUUUUCAUUUUAAAUGUAUCAAAGUUUGAAUUCUUGUCAAAAAUUAUCAAAAAAGAUGAAAAACUCAUUUUGAUAUGGGUAACAUUUUUGACAUUUUAUGCACAGUAAACAUGAACCAAAACUGAGCAUAAAUCCCACUAGUGACUGUAAACUGCCUUUGGAGCUGCCCACCCCAAGAGCUGCACAUGACCUCCCCCUGGAAGACUCCAAGCAGCAGAAGCACGGCACAGCUGCACGUUGGCAGCCCUCCGGAUGAGCCUCCCAGGGGUUGGCUAGGAACUGAUCACAGCUAUUGAAAAUCAGCAAAGCAGGAUGACAUCCUGGGAGGUAAUAAGUAUGAGACUUUUCUGCCCAUCUUCAGGAACAGAGGAAGAAGGCAUGCUCAUGUCAAGUAGGUUUCUGCCAGGUGGGCUCAUUCGGAAGCACCUGGGCACUUCAAUAAGUACCAGGCCUGCAGAAUAUGUAAGACUAAGACCUGUCCUCAGAAAAGCAAAGUAGAAGGCACAUAGCUAGAGUGUGGUGUGCGUGUAAUAAUUAUGUCAUUAUAUAGAUAUAAAAGUGUUUUUAAUCAGAUGUCAGCAAGCAUCAUUCACGCAAGCCUAUCUUCUAAAGAACUUUGAACAUUUGGGUUUCUACUUCCUGUGGUUAUAAUUUAAGAUGAAAACACAGAAAGUAUAUGUUUUUUAAAUAAGUCAGUCUACAUUAAUUUGAUACUAUUUAUUUAUAAAUGUUUUGUUCAAUAAGAUGCUCAAGUGAACUAUCUCUUCUCUCUCUCUCUCUUUCUCUCUCUCUCACACACACACACACACAAUUUUUUUCAUUGUUUUUUAAUGGUACUAGCAAUCAAACCCAGAGCCUUGCACUUGCUAGACAAGUGCACUGCC